UGACGUGUCAAUCCGGAAACUUGCACUACCGGGUUGCCGCUGUGUUCACUUGUGAUUGGAAGUGAGCAGAAAGGAAGGAACGACUCGUACUUGUGCAAAUAUGAACUUAUAGUCCGACCUCGUUGAAUUGACGAACCUUUUGCUGGUCAAGUGCCCUUGAAACUUGGAAAAAUACAAAUAGUCACCUGCGCGGAAGAAAGCUGACUAGCUCCGCGGCAAGCUUGCCGUGAGAGCUCACAGCCGAUUCCGUUCAGCACACCUGUCCCAAAAAUGGACUGCAUCUGUGAGAUACUUCAAGUUUUGGCAGGCUUGCUGAUUGCGGCUGUAAUUGUGCUUGUGAUGGUGGCGCACCUCACAGCCACCGUGGCCAACCUGACGCGGGACAACAAGGAGAAACGCUUCGUCACCGCUACCGGUGCAGAGGAGCUGUUCCCCAGUCUGCACGACCCCCCCUCAAUAGAACUCUCCGUGGUGGUGCCUGCCUACAAUGAGGAGCUGCGGAUGCCGCUCAUGUUGGAUGAAGCUAUGGACUAUUUGGAGAGCAGGCAGAAACGCCAAGCGACGUUCACCUACGAGGUUAUUGUGGUGGAUGAUGGCAGCAAAGACAAAACCACAGAGGUGGCCCUGCGGUACACCAGGAAGUACGGCGCUGAGAAAGUGCGAGUUUUGACGCUGGUGAAGAACCGGGGAAAAGGCGGCGCAGUGCGCUUGGGAACGCUGAGCUCCAGGGGCCGCCUUGUCCUCAUGGCGGAUGCCGACGGCGCCACCAAGUUCGCCGACAUUGAAAAAGUGGAAGUGGGCCUUCGAGACCUCAGUCCCAAACCGGUAAAAGACAACAUGGCCAUCUCGUGCGGUUCCCGAGCUCACCUUCAGCAGGACGCCGUCACUCAGCGCUCGCUGUUCCGCAACUUCCUGAUGCACGGUUUCCACUUCCUGGUUUGGUUCCUUUGCGUGCGCGGCAUCCGCGACACGCAGUGCGGCUUCAAGCUUUUCACCCGCGAGGCGGCGCUGCGCACCUUCUCCUCGCUGCACGUGGAGCGCUGGGCUUUUGACGUGGAGCUCUUGUACAUCGCGCAGUGCUUCAACAUCCCCAUCGCAGAAGUGGCCGUCAACUGGACUGAGAUAGAAGGCUCCAAGCUGGUUCCGUUCUGGAGCUGGCUCCAGAUGGGUCGAGACCUGAUCUUUAUCCGCCUGCGCUACCUGACGGGAGCCUGGAAGCUGCAGCAGCCCAGCAAGAGCCGCUAGCCAGUCGCUAAAAGACACCGGCGCAACCUAAAGGACCCAAUUGCAAGACAACAGAAGGCAGUUGUCAGUCAGUGCGGUUCUGCCCCCCUGGUAACGGUCGUUCAAUGAAAAUCUUUCGGUUCUUGGCUCUGAAGUCAUGUACAGUUUUUGGGGCCUCGGGAGAAGUGGCAGUAAAAAAGGCCAAAAACCACACGGAGGCAGGAACCCUAGGAUAUCAAACGCGCCGACGGCUUUCCAUUGGGCAGCUGCCCUUAUUUUAAGUGCCAAGUUGGUUUCAUUGGUCAGAUGGGAUGGAUUCUUCUUGAAGAAACACGAUGCAGGUUGAAGGCAAGCUAAAAAAAAAAAAGAUGUGGAGUUGUUUGAGUGGAUAUAAAUAAACGGAUUCAAACUAUC